AAAUUCACGGGAAUUUCCGGAGGUCCCCGAUUGCCACGUUACCACAAGGGCAGCAACUCCGUAGCCUCGGCAGGAAGGAAGACACAUUCGUUGCUCUCGAAAACACGUAUUCUUUUGCUGAAUGGUGACGGACUCCUGACACCACGAAGGAGAACAGUUCAUUUGUUAGGGGCUGUUACGAACUGCCGUGAUGGAUUUCAUGCAUUAUGUGUUUGUGUUGUUUAUGGCCACAGUAUUGUGUGCAGAUGCGAUAAGGUUUCAUCUUUCAUCAAACCAAAGAAAGUGCCUGAAAGAAGAAAUUCAUAAAAAUGUGCUCGUAACCGGCGAAUACGAUGUUCAAGAAAAUGGACAGCGAGCAGAUUUGAGCGUGACAGAUUCAAGAGGCCACAUCUUGUAUUCAAAGGAGGAUGCCACCAAGGGACGUUUUGCAUUCACUACCGAGGAGUAUGAUAUGUUUGAGGUUUGCUUCACCUCGAAACCUGUCAGUGGUGCUGUAGCCCCUGACCGAGAAGUGUAUCUGGAUGUCAAGCGUGGCAUUGAGGCAAAGAACUACGACGAUAUUGCCAAGGCAGAGAAGUUGAAACCUCUGGAGGUUGAACUAAGGAGGCUUGAGGACUUGUCCAAGUCUAUUGUGGAUGAUUUUGCUUACAUGAGAUCAAGGGAAGAACAAAUGAGGGACACCAAUGAGUCCACACAUUCACGGGUGAUGUACUUCAGUCUGUUCUCCAUGCUGUGUCUUCUGGGCCUUGCUACCUGGCAGGUGCUCUACCUCCGAAGAUACUUCAAGGCCAAGAAACUGAUUGAGUGAUUUAGUUGCCGAGUGUGAAUGUGUUUGGUUCCUGUGAAAGUUACAGAUGGCGUGACUGUGACAGUAACUACGUGACGUUGUUUGUGUAGUGCUGAGUGAGUGUGUGGUGAAGCUUGCAGGGUUUUUACAUAGCUCUUUGAAGAAUGAUUUGUUUUGUGCUUUUCCUUAGUUUGCACUUUUUUAUGUUGAAAGUGGAGGGUGGUUUGGUUUCCCAGUGGUCUAAAUUUUUUUUUUUUUUUUUUCCUUCACAGCAUUAUGACUUAUUUCCUGACAAAAUUUAGUCAUGGCUAAUGGAAAAGUUGAUGAAAGCAUAGUCAUCUGUUGGGGUUACGUUAAGUUAACAUGUAUGGGUGUUGGAUGUUAAGUUUCAUGUUCCAAAGUUUUGUUUUAUAGAUGUAGAUGUAUAUGAUGCUCCAUUUUAACUUAAAAUGUUGGUUGGUACGUAUUGACUGUGGAUGCAAGGCGUGUUGUAAGUUCCUCUUUGUAGAAUUUUAUCUACUAUUGUCUUGCACCUGGAAGUUUGUAUAAUCAAGUUAAAUUGCUGCAGAGGGUGUAGUUUUUUCUUGAAUUUGCAAGUGAUGCAUUUUAUUGUAAAAUCUCUGAAAGUCUUUAUCCUGAAAUUGCUGUUUUGCAUGACCUACUAGAAUUAUAUUUUUACACUCAGAGCAUUGUCUGUUUCACCAUGAUAUGCAAGUGCGAUAUCAUCAGUUUUUUCCUCCCCUUUUUCUUGUUAAGGUCUCUGAAUGACUAUUCUGUUGGGACAGUUUAAAAUAUUGAUGUAUAAUCUGUCGCAGUGAUUUGUGCUGUCUUCUUAGAUGAGUGCAGUCAGGGUACCUUGCAAAGGCUGUUGGAAAGAAGUCUUCACAGUUUGUCAUCACUUAGCGUGACACAACUGAAUUUUAGAAUUAAAGUCUAUAAUUUGUCACCAAGUAAGAGGGUGGAAGUGUGAAUUUUAGAAUACUGGCAUAUUGAGAAGUGAAAAAUAUAACUCAUUUAGUAAAGACUACCAACAUAUUAAAUGCCCCUGGCCUUAUUGACGAGUUCUAUUUUCCAUCUUCUGGAGAACUCCUUAACAGCUGCCAUUUUAUUCAAUGAUUAUUAUGAUAUAAUUGAACUUUCCUUGUGUGGUUUUUUUUUUUUUUUUUGUUGGUUUUGCUGCUUUGUUUUUGUUUUCUUUUGAUCAUCAUUGAAAUAAAAAUAAUCUCAUUAGGAC